CACAUCCCGAAUAGAAAAACCGUGCGAAGAGUUUCACACUUGAUUCAUUUCGUUCCAUCUCGAUAACUGUUGAACUAUUCUGUGAUAUUAAUAAGUGUUAUUUUCAAAACAAUGACCGAUGAGAACUAUCGCAGUGCUACCAAAUCACAUGAUCCCGGCUGGAAUGAUCCCCCGAAGCUAAGCUACAACAGUCCAGGUGGGACACUGGGUCACCCCACCAAGCUCAACCUGAACAAACGGGUUGCAUUUCCAAUGUCGAAGCAAACUCAACCGAGUCACCCAUUACUGCCGGACGGUACACUGCCGAAAGUCGUACCUACUGCCCCUAUCGGAGUGCUUAGUUCUACCCCACCCGGUGUUAGUGUCGCUGGGCGAUCUGCAUCACCCAUGGUCGUAGGAACUCCUCCGAAGUCAAAUGAAUUUCGCAGAACAAGCGUAACUUCUAACCAGUCUGAAUUACUGGCAUAUCCGGAGGAUAAAGAUAUGAUGAACUUUGUUGGAACAACUCUCGGGGAUUUUACGUUGAAACUGGAGAGUUCCAAGCAGGCAGAGAUUCAGAAACGACUAGACGUCAUCCAGCGAAGCUGGGCCGAUGGAAAAAUUCGAGAGGCAUUAGGCAAAAAGUUGUAUCGUUUGGCGAAAGAGCUUACCGAAGGACGAGCGACUGAGGCGAACGAGAUCCAUCGGUCCCUUAUUGUCGAGCACGGUAGUGCUUGCGUACAAUGGGCACCAGCACUGAGACAGCUGGUGUUACUGAUCCCCAAACAGCCGGAAGAAAUCCCACAAGACGCCGCCAGUGCCAGCACUGAUUCGGCGAUACUAAAUCCACUUUGAUUGGUGGAGUUAGUAUUCCCACGCUUUGGUUUCACAGUACUCUCAUUUAUGUUCCAAUAAAGUGUUAUUUCAUAUUAAUGUA